AUGACGAAAUCCACGAUUCAAGCAUCCAACUUAUUCAAGCCAAUCAAGGUUGGUAAUAUCACUUUGCCACACAGAAUUGCCCAUUUACCUACCACAAGGAAUCGUGCAAAUCCUGAAACACAUGUUCCAACCGAUUUGCAAAAGCAAUACUAUACCGAUAGGGCCAAGAGUGGUGCCUUAUUAGUUACAGAGGCUACAAUUGCUACCCCAAAAUUGGGAUGGUACCCUAACGUACCUGGUAUCUGGACUAAAGAGCAAGCAUUGGGCUGGAAACAAAUUGUUGACUCAGUGCAUGAAGCUGGCGGUCGAAUCGCUGUACAGUUGUGGGGGUUGGGCCGUGUUGCUAUUCCGGGGCUUUUGAAACAAAAAGGUUUCGAUUUUGUGGCACCUAGCGCAAUCUACGAACACGAAGAGUCUGAAAAAGCAGCAAAAGAUGCAGGAAACCCAUUGCGCGAAUUGACAGCUGAAGAGAUUCACCAAUUGGUUACAGAGGAUUAUCCCAAUGCCGUUAAAUUGGCUCUCGAUGUUGCUGGAUUUGACUUUGUUGAAUUUCAUUUUGCCAAUGGAUACAUUGCAAGUCAAUUCAUCAACCCAGUGAUAAACAAGAGAACUGAUAAAUACGGAGGCCCAAUAGAAAAUAGAGCUAGAUUUCUCUUGGAGGCACUCGAUAAUGCAUUCAAAGUUGCUGAUCCAAAAAAGAUUGCAAUUAGAGUGUCACCAGGAAAUCAAUUUCAAGAACCUGUUAAUCCUAGCUUCAAAGAGGAUUUCGAGUACAUUACUAAACAAUUGCAAGCCAGAGCAGAUCAAGGCAACGAGUUGGGUUUCAUUGAUGUAGUCGAUGGAACUUUUGAUGUUGGAAGCGGUGCUCAAAAUGUUGACAUAUCAUCAAUCUUGAACAACUGGAAAGGAAUAGUGUUGCGUGGUGGAAGGUACAAUAACAACAAGGACGAGGAAUGGAAACUUCCAGUAGAGGAUGCAAAUGCAGAUGAUAGAACUUUAGUUGGGUUUGGCAGAAACUUUAUCGCCAAUCCUGAUCUUCCACAAAGAAUCCAAGAGGAUCAAGACUUGAAUCCAUACGAUAGAUCAACCUUUUACACCAUCUACAACUAUGGAUACAACACUUACCCAUUUUAUGGCCAAAAAACAGAUGCUGACCCCGAUGCAAAGGUUGAAGGUGUUGCUUUAGCUUAA